CCCAGUCAUCUCGCCAUUUCGCGCUUAUUCGUUGCUUGCCCUCGUCUUUUGGCUUUGAGGCAUAGGGUAAGAAAGAAGCAGACCAGACCGGUCACCGUCAUCGUGAUCGUGAUCGCUGUGCCGGCUAUCCUUUUCACCUGCUUGGCCCAUGGCCGUUUCCCCCGUUUCAUCCCAUCAACACCCAAUCACUUGACGCGCUUGUUGACCAUCCACAGUUUGCCCCCUGCUCCGUCCCAUCUCCUGCCCCAUCUCAUCCGCUGGUCGCUCCAUCAGUCCAUUUAA